CGCUUCCACUUGCCUCUAGCUUCGGCUACAAAGUCAAAAACCCGAUUUUCCUCGAACCUGUAGCUCUAACCCAAGAUCCAAUCCCAACCCAGUUAAAUUCUCGAGGUGCUUCAGCUAGAGAACCAACUCUACCCAGCAGCAGUCUAAGAAAGCAAUAGUCUUUAGACAAGAACUUUCCAGGUGCGAGGGUGAAAUGGAAUGGAAACUUGAAGGGGGAGACGGGACAGAAUGGGGUUUUAUCUAAUUUUUUGUGGCAAUCCAUGGGAGGUGGACGGGUGGUUGAAGUUCUUUUUGUUGGAGCAGUACAUGGAGAGGAAGGGGAUCGGACGGUAAAGAAGGUUUCUGCAGAUACAUUAAGUGUUGGAGAGCGGAAAUUCACCUUUGAUUCGGUUCUUGAUUCCAAUUCAAAUCAGGAGGAUGUUUUUCAUGUGGUUGGUGUUCCCUUGGUUAAAGAGGCAUUAGCUGGUUUCAACACUACAAUAUUGUCAUAUGGACAGUCCGGAAGUGGAAAGACCUACACAUUGUGGGGGCCACCAAGUGCCAUGGUUGAGGAUCCAUCACCUAGAAGCCACCAAGGAAUCGUUCCUCGUAUCUUCCACAUGUUAUUCUCUGAGAUUGAGAGAGAGAAAGAGAACCCUGAUCGGAAACAUAAAAAUUAUCAAUGUCGCUGUUCUUUUCUUGAGAUUUACAAUGAGCAAAUUGGAGAUUUACUUGAUCCAACUCAAAGGAACCUUGAGAUAAAGGAUGAUCCAAAAAGUGGAUUGUACGUUGAGAAUCUGAGUGAGGAAUAUGUGACUAGCUAUGAGGAUGUAACUCAAAUUUUGAUCAAGGGGCUCUCAAGCAGAAAAGUUGGAGCAACGAGUGUAAAUUCUAAGAGCUCUCGGUCUCACAUUGUAUUUACUUUCAUAAUUGAAUCAUGGUCCAAGGGAGAAUCAUCAAAAUGUUUCAGCAGUUCUAAGACAAGCAGAAUUACACUAGUUGAUCUUGCUGGACUAGACAGAGAUAAACUUGAAGAUGCAGGUAGACAACAUGUCCAAGAAGAUAAAAAUGUUAAGAAGUCCCUAUCACAGCUUGGGCAUGUAGUAAACAACCUUGCGAAAAGCAGUCAGCCUGAAAAUUCUGGAGGCACUCCAUAUGGCAGUUCGUGUUUAACCAGUUUACUGCGAGAAUCACUUGGUGGCAAUUCCAAACUCACUGUUAUCUGCAACAUUUCUCUGAAUAGACACAAUGGGGAGAUACUGAGCACUCUGAGAUUUGGACAGCGAAUUAAAUCUGUAAGAAAUGACCCAAUGAUUAAUGAGAUAUCAGAAGAUGAUGUUAAUGACUUAAGUGAUCAGAUUCGUCAAUUAAAGGAAGAACUUAUAAGAGCAAAGUCUGAUGUUUAUGGCUCAGUUGGGAGUAAAAAUGGACACUUUAAAGGGCGAAAUGUCCGUGACAGCUUAAAUCAGUUGCGAGUAAGUCUUAAUCGCUCAUUGAUCCUGCCAAAUAUAGAUAAUGACCUUGAGGAAGAGGUUAAUGUUGGUGAGGAUGACAUCAAGGAACUACAUCAACAGCUACAGAAUUUGCAUAGUUCUUGUGACGAGAACUUGAGAGACCCAUCUGACAAAAGAGGUUCCAUUCAGUCUUCUUCCGUUGAAGAAAGUUGUGAGGCAGCAGAUUUGCUAAGUGCAGAUGACUUUGAUAGUGCUGAGGAAAUGGAGAUUGAAGAAUUCAAUGAAAGUGUUACACCAACAGGUGAACCUCCAUUUAUUACAAGCACCUCAAGGGCUUUGGACAUCAGAAACAGCAUAACUAUCAGCUCAUGCAUUCACUCUCCCAUACUUGAAGAACCGACUUUGUCAGAGUCUCCAAAAAUCAAAGAUACAUUAAGGAAAAGCAUUGUCGCCACAUCAACUUUGCUGUCAAGUCAGAACAACAUAUUAGAGAAUUCAAAGUCACUGAAACGUAGUGAGAACUUAAGAUCAUCUUUGCAGUCAAGCAAAGUUUUUCCAAAUCCAACUGAAUCUUUGGCUGCUAGCCUUCAAAGAGGCUUGCAGAUUAUUGACCACCAUCAGAGGAAUUCAGGAUCAGAUAAACCUUCACUUUCCUUCUCCUUUGAGCACUUGACACUGAAACCUUGUCCUGAAUCUGACAAGGUCAAUGCUUCUGUUCAAACAUCAAAUUGUCCAGCUGAUGCUCUACUUUGUUCAUCAUGCCGGCAGAAGAUUGACAAUAAUACUGAUGAGAUUGAGGAUAGCUUGAAGACACAAAUGGUGGCAGUUGAUGAAGCGAAAGAUAUGGUGAAUGAUUUAACAAAAGCUGCUGAAAGAGAGAAAGAGCUUGAAAGUAUUUGUAUGGAACAAGCAGCCAAAAUAGAGCAUCUGAGUUCUCUGGUGGAGCAAUACAAAAAUGCUCCCAAGAAUGAAAUAGUGCCAUUUGAGGAGCACAAAGAUCUCAAGGAUAUGAAUGAGAAUAUGCACUUUGAUGUGAAUGAGAAGGAAGCACUUCUUAAGGAAAUUCAAACAUUAAGGAGCAAAUUACAGCCAAACACUGCUGCAACCCCCAACAAAUCUACUGAAUCACUGAGAUCCUCUCUUUCAUUCAUUGAAUUUUAUAUAUGUGAUAUAUUUGAUGAUGGAAUUUCAAAGUAGAAGAAUAAAAGAGGCUAAAAGUAAUUUUUUGUGUCCCUUUACUUUGAUAAAAUUUUCUUUUUGAUCUUUUUAUUUUGAUAAAAAAAUUUUUUUAUC